AUUUUACCCAACAAUUCAUGGUUGCAUCAAGAGAGAUUCACGAUCCGUGAACGAGAAGCGAAAUUGAGUAGCAUUAAUUUAAAAAUCAUUAAGAUAAGUUUCAGUUCCGAUUUGAUGAUUGCAAAAUCAUAUUAUUAUUAUAUAUCCCUAAAAACAGUUUCCAAAGAAUCCAUCGCAUGGCCGCAUCAUCACCAAAACGAAAAGACACGAAAAGCACGAACGCGAAUGGGGUGGUUAUCAGAGUGUACGUCGAAUCGGUGAAAACUCGCUCCACGAAGAAACCAAAGCCACACGAACAUCUUAGAAAUUCAGAAACAGAGGGAUAUCAAAAUGAUCGCCGUGCUCUGCUUCUUGCUCAUUCUCGAUUUCUUAGAAAAUCACCCUCCCAAAAUAUCUCAUUACCCAUCAUCAAUCCUUCAACACCUAAAAUUAAAACCAAGGGUGUAUGGUUAAACAUAAAUCAACCGGUUCGAAUCUGCUCGUGCUCGCCGUCGAUGGAAACGCUUCCGAGCUUAACUAUCCGGUGCAGAAAUGAAUUCAAAGUGAACAAAGAAGAUAAUCAAUCCGAGGAGACAAAGUCUAGUGGAAAAUACCCUAACCCAUUAUUGGGUAAAAUGAAGAACAUAUUGAAACAGCUAUCAUGCAAAGAAAUCUAGUGGUAAUGAAGAAGAGCUUGGUCCUGUUUCGAUAAAUUUCAAUGCCAUUUGACAUUGAAUUUCUCUGUAGCUGAAAUCUCCAGCUUAAAACCGAUGGGCACUAAGAUAAAUAAGGUGGACAAAUGUGUAUAUUAUUAUUAGUUAAUGUCUUGAAUUAGUUGAAGACUUGCUGCAUUAGAUCCAUUCAUUUGGUAGUGGAAGUUUUUAUUAGGCCCAAUGAUCUUGGAAUUUCUAAGUGGAAUAUUUCAAAGAGGUUUUAUAUUUGUAUGACGUUCUCAAA